UUUCCACCUCCACCUCCUCGCGCUCUCUCUCUCUCUCUCUCUCGUCCCACCUCCCCAUCCUCAGGCUCAGCCCAGAUCCAGCCCCCCUAGGGUUUGCCUCCUCCUCCUCCUCCGCCGCCGCCAUGGAUCCCGACGGGGACGGCUCCUUCCACCGGAAGGAGGCCAUCUCCGCCGUCCAGGACGUCGACCAGUACUACGGCGACGACGACGACUACGACGACCUCUACAACGACGUCAACGUCGGGGACGGCUUCCUCCACGCCACCCAGCCGCCGCCGCCCCAGCCACCCGCGCUGCCUCCCAAGCAGCACCAGCCCCCUCCGCACCAGACUCCUCCUCCGCAGCAGCAGCUACCCUCGCCUUCGCUCCCGCUGCCCCCGCCUCCACCCAUGGGGGGGCAGCCGGACAAGCCACACAUCCCGGGCGUCCAACCAGUCCCCGCCCCCGCCAUGGACCGGCCCAACCCGGGCCACCUCCCGCCGCCGCCCCAGCCUCCCCUCGCCGCGCAGCCGCCUCACCACCACCAGAUCCAGACGGGCGGGGACGGCUUCCACCGCCAGGGCGGCGGACCCAACUACGGGGGCGGCCCGAUCGUGGUCGGCAACGGCGGGGGCGGCGACGGCCCCGGCGCCACCACGCUCUUCGUCGGGGACCUCCACUGGUGGACCACGGACGCGGAUCUGGAGGCCGAGCUCGUCAAGUACGGCCACGUCAAGGAGGUCAGGUUCUUCGACGAGAAGGCCAGCGGCAAGUCCAAGGGCUACUGCCAAGUCGACUUCUUUGACCCCGGCGCCGCCGCCGCCUGCAAGGAGGGCAUGAACGGCCACCUCUUCAACGGCCGCCCCUGCGUCGUGGCCUUUGCUUCGCCCAACACCGUGCGCCGCAUGGGUGAGGCUCAGAUGAAGAACCACCAGCCCAUGGGCCAGCAGAAUUCUGGCAUUCAGAAGGGUGGCCGAGGUGGUGGUGGUCCGCCUGGAGGCCCUGUUGGGCCUCAGGUUGGAGGAAAUUAUGGAGGAGGCGGCCGGGGAGGCGGAGGAGCUGGAGGUGGAGGUGGGGGUGGAGCAGGUGGUGGGAAUUGGGGUGGGAGAGGUGGGGGGAUGGGGGGUAGAGGUCCAGGUGGGAAUAUGAGGAAUCGGAUGGGUCCGGUCGGUGGCCGAGGAAUCAUGGGAAACGGAGGGAUGGUUGCUCCGCCGCCACCAAUGAUGCAUCCCGGCGGGAUGAUGGGGCAGGGUUUUGAUCCAACUGGAUAUGGUGCAGCUAUGGGAAGGAUGGGUGGUGGGUUCGGCGGAUUUCCUGGCGGGCCUGGCGGUUCACCGUUCCCAGGACUGAUGCAGCCAUUCCCACCUGUGGUCGCUCCUCAUGUGAACCCAGCCUUCUUUGGAAGAGGAGGUGGUAUGGGUGCUGGUGGGGUUGGGAUGUGGCCAGACCCAAGCAUGGGUGGCUGGGGUGGAGGAGGAGGAGGAGAGGAGCAAUCAAGCUAUGGGGAUGAUGCAGCAUCUGAUCAACACUAUGGAGAAGGUGGGAGUCAUGGUAAAGAGAGGCCGUCAGAGCGGGAAUGGUCUGGGGCACCUGAAAGGAGGCGCGAGAGGGAGAAGGAUUUGCCCCCACCACCAGAAUUGCCAGAGAGAAGGCACCGUGAUGAAAGGGAUAUGGGUCGUGAGAGGGAAAGAGAGAGGGACAGAGGUGAUAGGGAUAGGGAAAGAGAUCGGGACAGGGAGAGGGACAGAGGAGAUAGGGAGAGGCACAGGGAUGACAGAGAUCGCCAUGGUGAUUAUCACAGACACAGGGACCGUGAGUCCGAUCGUAAUGAAGACUGGGAUAGGGGAAGGUCAUCUGGGAGACGAAGCAGGUCAAGGGAGGUUGAUCACUCAAAGCGGCGACGAAUGUCGCACGAGUGAUGUGGCUGGAUGCAGGGUCUAGUGUAGGGGCAGCAGCAAUCCGAGGUGGCAUUUUUUUUGCACAUGCCAACUUUCUACCGUUCACUGCUUAUAACUGGUGGAUUUUUACUGCUUGUGUCUCCAGGCAUCUGUUGUAGCAUUAACUGAGAUCCACAAAAGCAGUUCGAAUAAGUGCAAAGCUAUGAUUUCAGCUUCCUCGGAUACAAGAUGUUGCCUUCUGCCUGCCGCCCCUACCUUCCAAGUGGGCAUAAUAUUGCCGAAAAAACUGUCAAAUGUGUUGUGAUUCUCCAAAAUACUAUUUUGUUUACUUUGUUCCGCGAUGAAAGAACAGUGAGACUGUACUAUUACUCUGUAUUAGGAUGAUCAACUGUCUGUAACUCUGUAUUAUGACUUUUUUAUUACCUCUUCUGCUGGUGAGAGACAAAUGAUCCAACGUUCAGCUGGUCCUUGCCUGAAGGUAGCUUGGCAGUGUUUGAUUUUUGUAGGCUUGGGCCUGUGUUGUACACUUUUAAGUUGUAACAAUUAUGUAUGCUUGUUACAUUA